AUGCACCUUCAUUCUUAUGUAACACAGCAUUAGACGACAGUGCUUUAGUGUUGGGCGCUAUUGUCCCUUGCGGCGCUUGCAAACAUACACCAUGUUUGGCCAAGGUGCUGGGCUCUGAGUGGGUAAUAAGAGGUGAAAGGUGAUGAUGAAAUGCGACCACGCCUCGUACCUGCCGAACACCUGCGUCUGUUCCUGACAGUUCUGAAUACGCGUCCGUUAUAACCACACGUGCGGGCUGGACACCUUCUAACCUAUAUAUUACAUUGUACAUUCAGAGCAGAUGCACAGCACAAACAGACUUUUAGGAGUCUGUGAUGUCAAAGCUAAAGGACUCCAGCCGGGUGGCGCCUUCACUGGAGGUGAGCAGGGCAUCCACUCCGCUGCCGGGCAUUGGAGGAGCAAGCCACACGGAGCACGCUGAUGGGGGCCUCAAAAAGACAACCAGCUUCACAGGGAAGAGGAGCCGAAUCACCAACGCCACCCUGCCCGAGGAGAAGGAAGCAGUUAGAGCCUGGAUAAGCCAGAAUAUCAAAAUGAAGGUGUGCUGCUGGUACAUGGAGUCUUCAACAGCUGGGGUGUGUGAGUGCAGGCACCCGCGUUCUGAGCAUGCCUCCACCGCACUGCGCAAGCCCACUCUGCUGGGAGAGAAAUGGGAGCCCGCCAAGCACACUGUGAAAGAGCCCACCAAUGCGUUCGGAGACAUCCAAUUCACCGGCCUUGGCCAGAGGCUUGGCAAAUUUGUGCGCGUAGGCAACGACACGGAGCCCAGCGUGCUCUUCAAGCUGAUGAUGGAGCACUGGCACCUGGACGUGCCCAACCUGCUCAUCUCGGUCACGGGCGGGGCCAAGAACUUCCACCUGAAGCCCCAGCUGAGAACCAUGUUUCGCCACGGCCUCAACAAGACCGCACGCAGCACAGGAGCGUGGAUAAUCACGGGUGGCUCCUACGCCGGCGUGAUGAAGUACGUGGGCGAGUCGGUGAGGGAUUUCGCCUUGGCCAGUGGCUCCAAGGAAGGCAAGAUCGUGGCGAUUGGCAUAGCAACCUGGGGCAUCAUUCACAACAAGGGGCACCUCAUAGACGCGCAGGGCAAGUUUCCGGCAGAGUAUCCCAUGGACGAGGCUGGCCAGGGGCGACUCUCCUGCCUGGACAACAACCAUUCUCACUUCAUCCUGGUGGACAACGGCACGCACGGCCAGUACGGCGUGGAGAUCGUGCUGCGCGCCCGGCUCGAGCAGUACAUCUCCACGCAGCACACGGGAAGCGGCGGUGUGGGGAGUGUUCAGAUCCCUAUCGUGUGUCUGGUGCUGGAGGGUGGCGUGGGAACCUUAGACACGAUGUUCAAUGCGAUGAACAACAACACGCCGUGCGUGGUGGUGGAGGGCUCGGGGAGGGUGGCCGAUGUCAUCGCCAGCGUGGCCGCGCUGCCUCCCACCGGCAUCACCCUCGCCGUCAUCCGUGAGCAGCUGCACAACUUCCUGGGCAAGGAGGCAGAGUCCUUCUCGGAAGCUCGCAUCGCAGAGUUGACCUCGAAGAUUCAAGACAUUGUGAACAUGAGUCAUCUGCUCACUGUCUUUGAUGACAAGGAGGGUGGACCGGGCAUCGAUGUGGCAAUCCUCAAGGCUCUGCUCAAGGCCAGCAGAGGUGAAGCCAACAAAGCCCAGGAGAGCUGUGACCACCAACUGCGACUGGCUUUGGCCUGGAACCGUGUGGACAUUGCAACCAGCGAGAUUUUUACCGACGACCGCAAAUGGCAGACGGGCGACCUGGAGCAGGUCAUGGAUGCUGCCCUGCUGGAGAACCGGCCCGAGUUUGUGUCCCUCUUUGUGGAGCAUGGCCUGAUCCUGAGGGAAUACCUCACCUGGGCCCGCCUCGAGUCCCUCUACAACGGGGCACCCGCCUCCUCCCUGCUGCACAUUCUGCUGAGGCGCAUUUCUGAGGGCGAGAAAUCCCCCGCGGAUCCACACAGGAGAUGGAUCUCCACGCUGCCCAUGGCGCCAAAGCGAACGAACCACUUUAGUUUGUACCACAUCUCCUUGCUGAUCCGCGAGCUGCUCGGCGACAGCACCUCCAUGUUGUACGGGAACAAGAUGUCCAGAUUCUCCAAACUGUCGCCCAACAGCAAGAACACCAGCUCCACCAAGGGUGGGACGUCAUCGGAGUUCAAAGGACAAACAUACAAUGAAGGGCAGCUGUACUGCCCUGACCCUGAGCGUGACCUCUUCAUCUGGGCAGUGCUGCUGAAUCGCAGGGAGCUCGCCAACUUCUUUUGGAGUCAGGGCAAGGACUGCAUGGCUGCGGCAUUGAUGGCGAGCAAGCUGCUGAAGGCCAUGGUGCAGGAGGAGGACGACUCGGACCGGACAAGCGACAUGCUGGCUCAGGCUGACAACUACGAGCAGCUCGCCAUUGGAUUGUUGGACGAGUGCUACAAGGACGAUGAGCUGCGGGCACAGAAGCUGCUGAUUCGCCAGCUCCACUCGUGGGGCGGCGCGACGUGCCUCAGCAUGGCCUACCACGCCAACAACAAGAGCUUCUUCUCCCACAGUGGAGUGCAGGCCCUGCUUACCCAGAUCUGGUGGGGUGGCAUGUCUGUGGACCUGAAGACCUGGAGAGUCAUUCUGUGCAUUAUCUUCCCAUUGCUCAUCUACACUCGUAUCAUCACAUUCAGUGAGGAGCAAGAGAUGCAGAAAAUUCGGAUUUCCCAAGUGAGCUCCGCGUGGAACAGAGCACAGCCGAUCUCGGACGAGGAAACUGGGAAACACAACCUGUCAUUGCCCACAGCAUCCAUAAAGAAUGUGGCGAGCAAGCGCUCUCUGACUAUCACGGUGUUCCAGCGUUGGCGGAACUUUUGGACGGCGCCCAUCACAGUCUUCUGGGCCAACGUGGUGUCUUACUUCAUCUUCCUAUGGCUCUUCGCCUACGUGAUCAUCAUGGACUUCCAGUAUACGCCCGAUUGGCCCGAGUACCUCCUCUACGCUUGGGUCCUGUCGCUCAUCCUGGAGGAGCUGCGUCAGGUUUUCACUGACCCAGAGAAAGCAGGGCAAUGGAAGGCUGCAGUCCGCUACAUCAAAGACAUCUGGAACCGUAUCGACAUGCUGGCCUUACUUCUCUUUACAAUCGGAGUCAUAUGCAGGCUCAUCCCGAACAGCAUAAACGAAUCGACAUUCCAGGCUGGCCGCUCCGUGCUCUGUGUGGAUUACAUGGUCUUCUGUCUCCGCUUGAUGCACAUCUUCACCGUCAACAAAACCCUAGGGCCGAAGAUCAUCAUUGUCAAACGCAUGGUAAAGGAUAUCUUCUUCUUCCUGUUCCUGCUGGGCGUGUGGGUGGUGGCCUACGGAGUGGCCACUCAGGGGAUUCUCAUCCUCAACGAGCAGCGGCUGGAUUGGAUCUUUCGUGGAGUCGUCUAUCAGCCCUACUUGCUCAUCUUCGGACAGUUCCCCACCAGGGUUGACAGUACCACGUUUGACACCACGUCGUGCACGAACAACGGCAUUAACACCAGCCAGCCCAGGUGUCCGGUGCUGGGCGUAGACUGGCUCACCAUCCUGCUCACCUGCCUCUACCUGCUGUUUGCCAACAUCCUGCUGCUCAACCUGCUGAUCGCCAUGUUCAACUACACCUUCCAGUUGGUGCAGGACAACACGGACACCAUCUGGAAGUUCCAGCGGUACGAGUUGGUGAACGAGUACCACAGCCGGCCCUCCCUGGCACCGCCGCUCAUCGUCUUCAGCCACGUCUACUUAUUUGUGAGACGGUUCAUCCUCAAGAAGCCCCAACACAAGCACGAGGACUUCAAGAAGGGUUUCAGUGAGUCGGAGGAGCGCGAGUUUCUGGCAUGGGAGAGCAUCAUGCGGGAGAGCUACGUGGCGAGCCAGCUCACCGAGAAGAGCCAGAGACUGGAGGAGAGGAUUAAGUCGACGGCAGAGAAGAUGGACUCGGUGAUGCAGUUCCUGGAUGUUUCUGGGGAGGGCAGAACGGCUGCGUUGGAGGUCCGGCUCCAUCAGAUAGAAGAGAAGCUGGGUAUAACAGUUGAUGCGCUCGAUUGGAUCACCAAGGCUCUCUGUGACAAAGGCAUUGGCACCAAGGAGACGAGGCCUGCCCUCAAGUCCCCGACAGUGAAGGGCCAAAAGAAGUGAAGAGAAGCCACUGCUUUUAAAUGCAGACAAGGAAACACGGCCAUUUCGCCCAAGCCAAGCCAUUGGUUCACGUGCACGCACCAGCGGAGCAGCCUACGCGUCGAUGCUGCAGGGAAACCUUCGCAGGAGUGAAACAAGUUCUGUAGAUAUUUCAAAAAAUGUGCGCCAUGGUGUACACUGCACAAAAAACGCCUUUUCCUGUUAUGAAAGCCAAAAUACAAACAAAACAAGGUUGACUGUAGCACUUUAACUUUGAUGACAGCAUUUAGGAACUGAGUUGGAUCGUAGAUUGAGUUCGUUAGCAGCUGAAUGUAUUUUUUGUAUUAAUUCAUGUGGCAGUGGGCAGGGGAGUGAUCCUAUAAUUUCUAGAUUUGUUUUUCUUCCGCGUGUCACCUUUUAAUGUUGUCUAACUCUGAUUGCGAGUGCGUUAAUAAUGCAUUAACUCCGUCCGCCUGUGUCCGCCUCUCAAUAAGGCUCAUGAAGUCACAGUACAGUAACAGCAACUCUCGUAAAACGGAUCCAGUGUGAAUGAAACGUAACGAUAGUUUUUUCUUGCUAUUGUGGACAAAUCCUACAGACAACCGGUGGGGCAGUUGGCCACUGCGUCAACGGCGUUGAUCGAAGCUCGGCUUUGAAGGCCAGUGAUGAUUAGGAGAGCCUCUCUUUCGGCAAGGGGCAACGACCACGGAACAUCAAUCUGUGGCAUCGCGUUACAUGCGUCGUCCUCUCGCAACAAUAAUUGGCGCGUCAUUGGACGACUCCAUUGCACGCGCGACAAUUGAAUUUAUGUUGCCGUGUCGCGUGGUGGAGAGAUAAAAACUAAAAAAUAUAUUUGCCGGAUUGUUACACAACUUCCCCCAAAUCAUAAAUAAAGACUCAAAUUAUCAUUGACAUUGAAUGUAUGGAAAAUGAUAAGGACAGCAUGUUAAAGGCAGCUGCUGAUGAGAUGCCCGUGUGGAGGUGUUGAAUUAAUGUCUGCAUGCCCCAGAGUUGGACUACCCAACAACACGUGUAGACUACCACGAAUGCUUAUCCAUCUCCAGCGUGUGGUUAGGUAGGUACAGGGUCUGAGUACAGUUUGAUUAUGGGGGUUCUUCAGUGUAGAUGACGAUGGUAAGUCCCUCAUCCUCAGUUUUCUUUUGGUUACACCCCAGAAUUCCUCCAUGCAUGAUGCCGGAGCCGUACAAUGUUUUGUUGUGACAUUGUCACACACACCCUUGUGCUGUUUGUUUACUGUUUUUUUGUGUUGUGGUAAAAACAAAUGUAUCUCAAGAUUUUGAACCCAUCUUUUUGCAGUCUGCAGGAAGACUUGGUGAUUAAUAUAAUUUAUAUUUAUAGUGUGCAUUCACUCAAUGCGCUUGACGUAGUUUACGAAACGAUGACAAUGGAAUGAUGUAGUUGAUUGGGGCGUACGAGGAUGGAGGAAUGAGUGACAGCGAUAGAGGGAUACUUAGGGAUCACGAAAGGGCUGUUCGGGAGGGACGGGAAGGAAUGGAGGAGCGAGGAGAGGGAAGAUAAUGGGCAAUGGAGAAGAGGUGAAGCUUUAAUAGAUGACUGCUCAGUGUAUGGUUGUGACACCUGCACAAGUCUUCAUAACAAAGCUAGAGGUAUGUGACAAUGCGACCGAUUCAUGGUGUCGGUGAUGCAACCAUCGCAUCAGCAAACUAAGCACAUGGCCGAAAUACAACCAGUCGAGUGAUAUUUGAUAACACACACGAUAUUAAAUGUCAUUGUUAAGUCUGUUAAUAUUCAAAUUCUAUAACAGCACUGGUAAUUUGGCAUUUAUUACUGCAGUACUGUAUUGUAUACAUGGUAAAUUUCACAUCAGUCAGAUACAAUAUAAGGAUCUGUCGUGAAUGCUAUAUUGUCAUGUAUGUACACUGUUGGAAAGCUUGAUGAAUAUUUCACAAAAUUGUGUUCAAUGUAAAAUCUGAUUCAUCACGAUAAUGUGUCACUACUUUAUAAUCUUCUCAUUAUAUUUUAUCACAUUAUUUCGGCAUAUAUUGAGGUGGAGCAGUGGCACAGUGAUUAAAGCACUGCACUAUGACCCAUGUAACCCAAGUUCAAUGCCCAGCCAUGGCUAAGAUCAAUGGCAAGUCGAUAUAUGUAGAGUUAUACCUCGGUUAACAAAGUAGAUGCUUUCGAUGAUGUCACUUCCUUAUCAGAAAGGUCAAUACCAGAGGUAGAUAUGGGAGGCAUAAGGAUGCGUUCCAGGACUUCAGAGAAGGGGGCUACAAUAGUAAAACAUUGCUGCACAGUGGCUUUCACGUCUGCUUGUUUUAAAAUUGUCUCUAAGAUGGACUGCGCCAACCAUAACGCGCCACUUCAGGUUUCAUCUCCCUCGCCUCUACCCGUCCUCCUUACCAUCUGCAUUUUGGUUUCCAGAGAUGAAUUUGCGCUGCAUUCUUUGCCCAAUGAGGCAACUAGCACGAGACGGUCGGUUGGAUGACAUAAUGGGGGAAGCUAAAUAACUUUAAUCACUGCAAAAAACAUGAUGACAUUCCAGCGAGUUCAAGCAAUGGCGGGCAGGGGGAGAGGGAGGUCUCGCGAUGCUCUUCGCUGAUCGGCUGUUGGUAAUGUCCAGUAAACAGACCCCACUCAAUUGCGGUUUACAGGACACGUGCAGCGUUUAAAACAUUCAUUUGAAUCGAUUUGCAUUAUUUCCCAUUUUCGAUUAUACUAUUUGUACAAAAAUAUGGGGGGGGGGGGUGAAAAUGGACCCUCCACGGCCGACUAUAAAGGAGCUUUGUCCCCAGAGGAUUCGUCAACCGAGGUAUUUAUGCACCUCCGAUUAGCACGGUUCGCUACGUAUGGUUCGAAAGAAGUUCAACAUACAUGCUGUUUAACACGUCGGCUUAACACGUAGUCUUUCGCGACCAAUAUUAUUAAUAAUCAACGUUUUUGGGUUAGAUCGCGUUAUUCAUAAAUGUGUCGUAACCCUCCACCACCCGACACGGCCAAUCAGCAAAAAAGUGUCACGUU